AUGAAUUCAACUGCAGACGAGACAGUAUUCACGCAGAUUGCGCAAUGGAAUCAAGCGCAAGAACUCAGAGCCCCUAAGAUGAAGGAUAUAUUCUAUCGCAACCUUGAAGAGGCACUUGACUUGCGUCGCAGCCAGCAUAAUCUCAUCACCUUGCGCAAACGCAAGGACAACAUCGACUUCUCCUCCAAUGACUUCCUAUCAUUGGCCACUUCUGGACAGCUUCGCGAGGCCUUUCUUGAGGAGUUGGACCGGUUCCCCAACUUUACCGUCGGCAGCACCGGAUCACGGCUUCUUGAUGGCAAUAGCGACUACUUCGAGGACUUGGAGGACGAAAUCGCCUCUUUCCACGGUGCCGAACGCGCGCUUAUUGUCAACUCAGGCUUCGAGGGCAACAGUGCUAUUUUCUCGUCUAUUCCCCGCCCAGGAGACGCUAUUGUGUACGACGAACUCGUACACGCAAGCGCUCACGAGGGUAUGUCGCGCUGCAUGGCUAAGGUCAAGUUCCCCUUCAGCCACAACUGCGUUGAAUCAUUCCGUGAGGUCCUGGAGACGGUACAUGAGUCUGAGCCGCUUAUCCAGCGUGGGCAACGUGUUGUGCUCAUUGCUGUUGAGACCGUAUACAGUAUGGACGGCGAUGUUUGCCCGUUGAAAGAAAUGGUAGAGGCUGCAAAAGAGGUUUUGCCGAAGGGAAACUUCCAAUUCAUAGUUGAUGAGGCUCAUGCGACUGGGGUCAUUGGUGAAAAAGGAGUUGCACUUGUUUCCGCACUUGGACUUGAGAAGGACAUCGCCAUUCGCCUACACACAUUCUCCAAGGCCCUAGGAGCUUCGGGCGCUGCUAUUCUCUGUAAUGACACUGUAAGAACAAUGCUGGUCAACCACGCGCGGCCGAUAUGCUUCACGACGGCUGCCUCUUUCCCAACUCUCGCCGCAAUCAAGGCGGCAUACAGCCUCCUAAAGACUGGAAAGACGGAGCCAGCUCGAAUGCGCCUCCAAGAGCACAUCCGCCAUUUCUACAAGUCCAUCACCAACAACCGAUAUUACAAAGAAGUUCGUAAUGCCGGUAUCAUUGAUAUCCCGCUAGCGGAGGACUGGGAAUCUCAGCCAAUCUUAUCGCAUAUUGUUGCGGUUCUGACAGAGCCACGUCACAAUUAUUUUCUCUCUCUUCACUUGCAGCUUCUGCGGUUCUGGGUUUUCCCUGUUGACCCCCCAGCCGUCCCCAAGGGCACUAACCGUGUGCGAAUUGCUUUCCAUGCAAGUAUUACCGACGAGCAGGUUGAGGGUCUUGUUAAUGCAAUCUGCGACUGGGCCAAGGAGAUGCUCGACAUAAAGAAGAAUGGCAAGGAGGGCGCGCUGCCCACUGCAGCUCAGCAAGUCUACAAAAUUACUUCCUUGACGCCUCGUUUUGAUCAGUAUUCUGUCGAGUAA